UUGCUGAAUAUUGUCCAGUUUACUAGACGAGGAAAAGUCUUAAACAUUGUGCUUUCAAGAAUUUAGAGCUCUGUGUUUUUUUUUCUCAUUUUUUUUGUUGCACCAAAAAAAUGGACUUCUAAGGAUUGUUUGUACCGUUUAUUCAAUUCUAUUAACAGGUUAUUAAAUUUUGCUGUCCAGGCCCUGAUGAAUGGAAACUGUGUUGUGUUUGAAAACCCUCAGCAGCUUCAGGCAGUACCUGCAGCAUCCCCUCCACUAUACUCCCUUUCUCUCUCUCUCUCCUCUCCUCCACUAUACUCCCUUUCUCUCUCUCCUCUCCUCCUCUACACUCCAUUUCUCUGUCUCUCUCCUCUCCUCCACUAUACUCCCUUUCUCUCUCCUCUCCUCCUCUACACUCCCUUUCUUUCUGUCUCCUCUCCUCCACACACCCUUUCUCUCUGUCUCCUCUCCUCCACUACUCUCCCUUUCUCUCCAUCUUCUCUUCUCCACUACACACCCUUUCUCUCUGUCUCCUCUCCUCCACUACACUCCCUUUCUCUCCAUCUCCUCUCCUCCACUACACUCCCUUGCUCUCUGUCUCCUCUCCUCCACUACACUCCCUUUCUCUCUCUCCUCUUCUCUACUACACACCCUUUCUCUCUGUCUCCUCUCCUCCACUACACACCCUUUCUCUCCAUCUCCUCCACUACACAUCCUUUCUCUCAUCUCCUCUUCUCCACUACACACGCUUUCUCUCCAUCUCCUCCACUACACUCCCUUUCUCUCCGUCUCCUCUCCUCCACUGUACACCCUUUCUCUCUGUCUCCUCCUCCACUACACACCCUUUCUCUCUGUCUCAUCUCCUCCACUGUACACCCUUUCUCUCUGUCUCCUCUCCUCCACUACACACCCUUUCUCUCUGUCUCCUCUCCUCCACUACACACCCUUUCUCUCUGUCUCCUCUUCUCCACUACACACCCUUUCUCUCUCUCCUCUCCUCCACUACACUCCCUUUCUCUCCAUCUCCUCUCCUCCACUACACACCCUUUCUCUCUGUCUCCUCUCCUCCACUACACUCCCUUUCUCUCUGUCUCCUCUCCUCCACUACACACCCUUUCUCUCUGUCUCCUCUCCUCCACUACACACCCUUUCUCUCUGUCUCCUCUCCUCCACUACACUCCCUUUCUCUCUGUCUCCUCUCCUCCACUACACACCCUUUCUCUCUGUCUCCUCUCCUCCACUACACACGCUUUCUCUCCGUCUCAUCUCCUCCACUACACACCCUUUCUCUCCGUCUCCUCUUCUCCACUACACACCCUUUCUCUCUCUCCUCUCCUCCACUACACUCCCUUUCUCUCCAUCUCCUCUCCUCCACUACACACCCUUUCUCUCUGUCUCCUCUCCUUCACUACACACCCUUUCUCUCUGUCUCCUGUCCUCCACUACACACCCUUUCUGUCUGUCUCCCCUCCCUCACUCCCAGCUGGGCCUGCAGCCUCUCUCUCAGCACCCUCACUAGCUGCUUUUCCCUAAGCACACUCAUUUUAUUUGCGACACGUUAACCUACCUGCAGAGCCGUUUCUAGCCAUCAAACCUCACAUUGGCUGGGUGAGGACAUCUACCUUUGAGGAAACAAUGCAAAGCAAGGGCCAAAUUUUACCAAUUUAGAAAAACCUAAAACAGUUUGUUACCUGGCACAGAUAUGGGCGCAGGACUGCUCUCCAAAUGGUGUUCGCGCUCACACACUGGUUUGCAGCUGCCCGCUGCCCAGCUCCACUAGCCCCUGAGUACGAGCUGCUAGAGGGGGUCGGGCAGCUUGCGCUGAGAAAUGAGAGUUGGCUGUUUGACAUUUGAAAGAAAAAAGAAGGAAUGCAAAAUAUAGCGUGUUGCUUACAGAAAUAAACAACUAAUGCAGACUCAGUGUUCUGAACAAAACUAGGGGAGUUUUUCUCCUGAUGAAUGAUGCUCAUGAUAGUCGUUGAUUAUUGAAUCUUGGAGACACUAAAACACUGAUGUGAAUUGGACCAAUAAUUAUUGAGGAAAGGAUAAAGCAACUCGUGGCAAAUUGUUUUGUUAAACAUUUAGGUUGUGGUACUUUUAUGGUGGUACGUUUAGUUGAAACGCAGGACCAGAGUGAAACGUAAGACUGGGAAUCAGUGUUUUGUUUGGCAUCGUACUCGCCAGUCUUAGCAUGGCAAACAAGCGAGAAGUGUUGUAAUUCUACCUAGCGCUAGUUAGCUAUCUGACUUAAUUGAAUGCUAGCUGAUUGGCACUAGUGGUAAAACCAGGGAGGGAACAGAUAAUGGUAGUUGAUAGUUAUCUGAUGCAUUUACCAAGCAAGGUAGUUGCAACAUUCAGCAUUCAGCAAUUCAAAGCAUUAUAUGCAUUUAGUUUAUCAAAUGACAGCUGUCCAAAUCAAAAUAAGGCCUCACGCAAGGUCACAAAGUCAUUGGCAAUCCCACAGAUCU